UUGUGAAUAAUUUGUUUGUUUAUGUGGGAGUGGAAGCCUGUUAGGAGUUUUGAUUUUGUUAGAGGAAGAGCUCAUUAUUGGCCUCUCAAGGGAGACCUUCUUACCGUUUGGCGUGGAGGGAAGUUGCAACCCGCGUUCUUCCUCCUCCUCCAUACCCUUCCCAUUUCAUGAUUUAGAUUACCGUGAUUGAUUUAUCACCAUGGGUUGGUUGCGCAACAUCUCCUUUACUUCUUCCUCCAUGGUGAGGAUUCCGGCCACUGCCACCGGUGACGAUUCCCCGACCAGAAAGGCUACUACCAGAGACUCCUACAAUCAUAAUUAUCGGGGAGUUGUUUGGCGUUUUGGCGCCUCUAAACAUUCCCGCCAUAGGAAGCUUCGGAACUUAAGCGGACGUGAGGGUGCCGCUGCUUCUUUGGCUAAAUGGUCCGAUACUACGCCCGAACCCGACUCCUUGUCGCGACUGUCGAGUACUUCUGAUGAACAUGCCGUGCCCUUGCCGCUCCCGGAGGUUCCCCCGGUAUUUCAGCGUCGUGAAGGGAUCUCGAAUUCGAAUUCUGCUUGUGGAGACGGGGAUUGUCCUCUUCCGUCGCCCAAGGAUUGGCAUGGCCGAGGCGGGGACGACCGUGAUGUUGAUAGAUGUAGAACUGCACCUUCUCUUAAGAUUGGAGGCAGGGAUUCCAUUGGCACUCCGAUUAAAAGUAUAUCUGAUUCUGGGGAGAGGCAGAAGAAAGAAGAUCAGAUUGGGACAAGGUCGUCUGGGAGGGUGAAUCAAUAUGCCAGACGCUUUCCUGAAGCAUCUCAGAAUAAAUUUUGGAUUGACGUUCCCUGUAGGAGUGCUCCUACUAGUCCUUUUGCAAGUCCUACACUCAGUCCCCAAAGAAAUAGUGACAGGAACCUUUCAAACUCCCAUCAUGUGGCUCCAUUAGAAUAUCAAGGCUGGUCUGCACCUGAGCUACCAUCCUCAGCAAUGAUGCGGGGGGUUCCUCCUGCAUUCUUUGAUGGCUCCACUCUUAGCUCUGAGAGUUCUCCCAUGCAUAGCCCAACAGGUAGAAAUCCCCACCAAGAUCCCAGAAGUCCAACAGGAGCUUCAUCUCCAUUGCACACCAAGAUUUCCCUUGAAACACAUGCUCUGCGUCGUGAAGGUUCUGGUCCUGUCAGUGUCCACCCAUUACCUCUUCCUCCUGGAGUACCAAUGCCUUCGUCGUCAAUCUCAAUGACUUCACCGUCAAUCCCAACGCCUUCACCAUCAACCCCAACGCCUCUACCAUCAACCCCAAUUACAGAAGCUAACACUAAAGCUGAGCCAAUCUCAAUGAAAAAUCAAUGGCGGAAAGGAAAACUUAUUGGCCGGGGCACAUUUGGAAGUGUUUAUGUUGCAAGCAACAGAGAAAAUGGAGCUUUAUGUGCAAUGAAGGAAGUUGAAUUAUUUCACGAUGAUCCAAAGUCAGCUGAAUGUAUAAAGCAAUUAGAACAGGAAAUCAAACUUCUGAGCCAGCUAAAGCAUCCAAAUAUUGUCCAGUACUAUGGUAGUGAUAUUGUUGAAGAUCGAUUAUAUAUUUACCUGGAGUAUGUUCAUCCUGGUUCAAUUAAUAAAUAUGUUCGUGAACACUGUGGAGCCAUGACAGAAUCUGUUGUUCGAAGUUUUACUCGUCACAUCCUAUCAGGAUUGGCCUACUUGCACAGUACAAAGACGAUACAUCGGGACAUUAAAGGUGCUAAUUUGCUUGUAGACUCUUGUGGGGUUGUCAAGCUUGCUGACUUUGGAAUGGCUAAACAUCUUACAGGACAAGUUGCUGAUCUCUCUUUAAAGGGAAGUCCAUACUGGAUGGCUCCUGAGCUCCUUCUUUCUGUGAUGCAGAAGGAUAACAACUCUGAUCUUGCCUUAGCUAUUGAUAUUUGGAGCCUUGGUUGCACUAUUAUAGAAAUGUUCACUGGCAAGCCACCUUGGAGCGACUAUGAAGGGGCUGCAGCUAUGUUUAAGGUAAUGAGAGAUACCCCAACAAUACCUGAAUCAUUAUCAUAUGAAGCCAGAGAUUUCUUAAAAUGCUGCUUUCAGAGAAAUCCUGCAGAGAGGUCGACUGCUGCCAUGCUGCUUGAACAUCCAUUUAUAAAAAACUUGCAACAUCCAGAUGCUCCACCUUGCUAUCAGGCCAUUGCUAGAUCGAGUUUGAUGUGUGGUUUAUGAUGCCAUGAUAAAUGCUACAGCCCAAGUAAACAAUAUUCAAGUAAACUUGAUCAGUCUUCCAUGCUUCCAAGCUCACAAAAUUCCAAGGGAAUGUAAGCGGCCGAGAGGCAAGAAUUGCCUUUUGCCUUGCUCUCCACUUCUCAUUUGUAAUUGGACCAUGAAUGUUAAUGCAUUCAUUACAAUUCUUUGUAUGACUCUAGAUUCAUACAUUAUUGUUUUAUUCUUUCCCAGUGUGAUUGGCUCACUCUCUCAUCAUGAAACCUCUGACUUAACUGUAAUGUCUCGUCAUUCUCCCCGUUCUACCCUUGAGGCUCUUCCAGUACUGUCACCUCCAUGCUUAGUUCACAAUGUGCACCAUCUCAGUUCCCCUGCAAAUGCACUCGGCGUUGUAAAUCAAACAAAUAAGAAGAGCCACACACUAAUUUAGCCGGGAAGUAUAAUGGUUGUACCAGGCCUGCCUCUGGCUUUGUUUGAACCUUCCAUCGAUGUGCGUUUGACACGGGUGGCUAAAGUAUAAAAUCAGCAUCAUGACAAGAAGCCAGAUUCGGGUGCUGCGUCUAGUAGGCGAGUUUCUGACAUAGAUUGUUACUAACACAUGUAGUUGUCUUCUUUUGAAAUGGAAUAGCUUCUGGUCUGGUCGUUAACUCCACAAUGGGAGUUGAGAAACAAUUUUGUAUACUGUUUUUUUCUUCUCAUUUUAGAGCCUCAGUUAUGGCAAUAUCCACCUGUCAUUCCUUGGUGUUGGCGUGGGAAAAUCACCACUUCCAUGUACCACUUCCAUGUACCACUUCAAACUGAAUUUGUAGAUAUUAGAGUGGUAUGAUAAUGGAAUCAUAUGGUCGAACAGAGAUUCCAUUGAAAUUUUCUUAGUUUAAUUGCGAUGGAUAUGCAAUUCUCCUUGUGAUCAUGUCUUCCCUUUGUUUCCGCUCCUGUACAAGUUUCCCAUCUGCACUUCAAAAAGUUGGUGAUAAAAAAUGAUUGCAUAUUUUAAAAAUUUUCGUUUAGCUUAGAAGAUGAACUAGAAAGUCUUAUGGAGGUGUAGACACUAUUGUUCAACCAAUCAAACCGUGCAAAGUUGAGCUGUGGUCUUAAGUAGAAGGACCAAUCUACUAAAUAUGAUCUAAGCGAUGAGGGAAAAAAGACAAAAAGGAAGAGAGAGAAAGAGAGUAUGAAGAAAUGUCAUUUUAGCUUUUGUAGUUUUUUUAUUUUUUGCUUAUCAUUUUUCAACUGAAUUGCCCCAAGAAAGUGCCUUCAUUUGGCAGUGGUGGUGGAACCACGUGAAGUUCCAUCAUUCGAACCCGAUUCUGCUGACACAGAUUAGAGAGAAAAAAGAAAGAAAGAAAGAAAGAAACAGAGAGAAAGAUGGAAGCUCCAGCUCCACAAGCAAUAGAGGUUUCCAGCAAGAACCUUGGGGUGGAAGAAGAUGAGCAAGAUAAAGCCCUCAAUGAGUGCUGUUCUUGCUGCUAUGACUGCUCCCAAAGCUGGCUUGAUUUCUUGUGCUGUUCGGAUGUGUGUGGGUGUUAGAUGGUAAAGUAAUUGGAAUUUGUCCACAAAUUCUGAGACGACGAUGCUACAGCCUGCAGUAGUGAAGAUCAGGAAGCAGGAAGAAUAUGUUUUUUGUUUACUGUUUUACUCUCACUCUGUUCUCCCUAGAUUUCUUUACCUCCCUUUUCCUUUCUUCUUCAGCUUAGACUUCCUUCAUCUUCUUGUUUACUGAAUUCAAUCUAAAUAAGCUACUUACCAAACUCUUUCUCCUCUUUAUGACUUUCUUUUCCUUCCUUCACUUGAACGGGUAGAGAUUCCAUCCUUUAAUCUAUGUAUCAAAGCUAUUUAUCAAUUGAGCUCAAGUCCGAUUGGCUAUAA